CUCCAUCUCCACUAGCCUACUCCGCAAAGCAAGGGGGAAAGCGUGCAAGCAAGGGGCACUAGCUCCACCUCCAUCCACCUCCACUCGAUCGAGAGGAAAGCGUGCGUGCAAGCAAGGGGAGAGGCGAGAUGGACCCGGAGGCGGCCGAGGCCGACGCGCUGCUGCUGUCGCUCCACGACGUGGAGCCGCUGGCCGGCGCCGUCGACUACCGCGGCAGCCCCGUCAGCCGGAAGCGCCACGGCCGGUGGCUCUCCGCCAACUUCAUCAUUGGAACGGAGGUGGCGGAGCGGUUCGCGUUCUACGGGGUGUCGUCGAACCUGAUCAGCUACCUGACGGGGCCGCUCGGGGAGAGCACGGCGUCGGCCGCGGCGGCCGUGAACGUGUGGGCGGGGGCGUCGCAGAUGCUGCCGCUGCUCGGCGCCUGCGUCGCCGACUCCUGGCUCGGACGCUACCGCACCAUACUCUUCGCCUCCGCGCUCUACAUCCUGGGAUUAGGCAUGGUGACCAUCUCGGCCGUGCUGCCGCCGGACCACGCUAUGAAGAUCUGUUCCGACGUCGACGGCGCGGCCCGGUGCAGGCCGUCGGGGUCUCACAUGCUCGCGUUCUACGUCUCCAUCUACAUGGUGGCCUUCGCGCAGGGCUGCCACAAGCCGUGCGUGCAGGCGUUCGGCGCCGACCAGUUCGACCGCAGCGACACCGAGGAGUCCGCGGCGCGCAGCAGCUUCUUCAACUGGCUCCGCUUCUGGAUGUCGUGGGGCGACACCGUCGCCGUCGUCGUGCUCAGCUACGUCCAGGACAACGUCGGCUGGGGCCUCGGCUUCGGAAUCCCCUGGAUUGUCGUCUGCUUUUCCAUGGCCAUCUUCUUGCUCGGCACGCGCACGUACCGCAUGUACCCGCCCGAGAAGGACAACCCGUUCGCGCGCAUCGGCAACACCUUCCUCGCCAUGUCCAAGAGAUGGGUCGCCGGGUUUCUUCCCGGUGAUCACAAGCCUGCGAUGACAAUGGCAGGGUACAAAGAAAUGGCGGUGCACGUCGAGGAGGCCAAGGGGAUUCUAAGGCUGUUUCCGAUAUGGGCGACCAGCCUCAUCUACGCCAUCGUGUUCGCGCAGGUUGGCACGCUCUUCACCAAGCAGGCCAGCACCCUGGACCGGAGCCUCGGCAAGGUGCUCGACGUGCCGGCCGCCGCGCUGCAGAGCUUCGGCGGGGUGACCAUCAUCGCGUUCAUCCCGGUGUACGACCGCGCGAUCGUGCCCCUGGCGCGGCGCCUCACGCGGCUCCCCUCCGGGAUCACCAUGCUCCAGCGGAUCGGCGCGGGCAUCGCGGUGGCCAUCGUGACCAUGGCGGCGGCCGCGCUCGUGGAGGGCAAGCGCCUGGCCGUGGCACGGGAGCACGGCAUCGUGGAUGACCCAAACGCAACGGUGCCCAUGAGCCUGUGGUGGAUCGUACCGCAGUACGUGCUGAUCGGCGUGGCCGACGUGCUCACCAUCGUGGGGCUGCAGGAGUUCUUCUACGACCAGGUUCCCGACUCGCUCCGGAGCCUGGGGCUGGCGCUGUACCUGAGCAUCCUCGGGAUCGGCAGCUUCCUCAGCGGGCUGCUGGUGUCGGUCAUCGACGGGAUGACGCGGCGCGGCGGCGGCGAGGGAUGGUUCUCCAACAACCUCAACCGCGCCCACCUCGACUACUUCUAUUGGCUGCUCGCCGCGCUGAGCGCCGUGGAGCUGGUCGUGUUCUUGCACUACGCUGGCAAGUAUGUAUAUAAGAAAAAGGACAACGAGCCAGAGGUUUACUGAGAUAGCUCCUACCUUAGGCAUACUCGAGUCCUCCUCUCCCUCACCCUUCACUCUUCAUCCAUUGGUUGUGUGUACGUGAAACUUCUAUGAAUGUUACAAAAAGAAGUCCUGAAUUUUGAAGGACACGAAAUCUGAUGCGUAUCACCGGCCUCACCGUGGUGACAAGAAACACCGAGAACAGAGUCAUGCUUGGACCGCAAAACAGAGUCAUGC